AUGCACGAAAAACCGGCCAUUGUCAAGAAAUGUAUAGCUCUGCUACUCGCAUGCGCCUCCACAAAUUACUACAAGCUGAGGCAAGUUCACGCCUUUUCCAUCAGGCAUGGAGUCCCUUUGGGCAAUCCCGACUUGGGCAAACACUUGAUUUUCACCCUUGUUUCCCUUGCUUCAGUCCGGCGUCCCGGUGGCGGUGGCCGGCCGGUUUUGUCUUAUGCUCGGGAAAUCUUUAAUCAGAUCGAAAUCCCAAAUAUAUUUACCUGGAAUACGAUGAUCAGAGGCUAUGCUGAGAGUGAAGAUCCAAAUCCAGCCGUUGAAAUCCACCGCCAGAUGAUUGCGGCCUCGGUGGAAGCCGAUACUCAUACGUAUCCUUUCUUGCUCAAGGCUAUUGCCAAAUUACUUGCGGUUAGAGAGGGAGAGAAGGUGCAUUCGGUUGUGAUGAAAAAUGGGUUUGUGUCGUUGGUUUUUGUGGAGAAUGCUCUGGUGCAUUUUUAUGGUGCUUGUGGUCGAGCGGAGAGUGCACAUAAGCUGUUUGAGUUUAUGUCUGAAAAGAAUCUUGUUGCUUGGAAUUCGGUGAUAAAUGGGUAUGCUUUGAAUAGCAGGCCUAAUGAAGCGUUGACCCUUUUUAGAGAAAUGGAGUUGGCGGAGGAUGUUAGACCUGAUGGGUUCACGUUGGUUAGUCUGUUGACAGCUUGUGCCGAGCUUGGGGCCUUGGCUUUGGGCCGGCGAGCUCAUGUGUACAUGAUAAAAUCUGGUUUGGACAAGAAUUUGCAUGCUGCUAACGCGUUGCUGGAUCUUUAUGCCAAGUUCCUUAGUGUUCAAGAAUUGAACAUCUUCCAAAUCCCAUAUGCUUCCUUUAACAGCAUUACACUUGAAUUUGAGAACCUCCAGAUUAGGCAACUUCCUGGUUACUGA